AUGGUGCCGAAUGUUGGGCAUUUGGCCCUAGAGCAGCAUUGUGAAAGGGUCUGCUGCGCUGUCCAUGUGUUUUCACAGUGGUGGUUGCAAGUGUUGUGGUUGUUGUGGAAGAUGUGGCGGGUGCUCUUGCAGUCGAAAUUGUCUGGAGGUUCCGAAGCGUUGUUCCGGUGGCUUGGUUCGCUUGGCCCUUGUCGACCUUUUGAGCCUUUCAGGUUUUUGGGUGCCACUCAACGCCCGCUGAGCGGUGCAGUUGCGACCGAAAAACAAUCCUGCAAGUCUGUUCUGGAAGCAGGGAGUGUGUGA